AUGUUCGCCCCCAAGUCGCCCAAACCUCUGGCCAAGUACGGGUCCGCAGAGCAGAUAUGUAUGGUGGAGUGUAGUUGCGAGAAGGAGCGCACAUGUUGCGUGCACACUUCAGAGCCACAGGUGCAGCAAGGCCUUGAGAACUUGGCCUAUGAGUAUGGCAGCCAAAGCGACCUCUGCCCUCCAAUUAAAACCUCCACAGAAACCUUUAAACUGCUGGGCCUGGCCCCAGAGCAUCCGAUCCACACCAUCGUAGAAAGCAGGAUUUCCAGGCUGAGCGGAGUGCUGGCUGUCAGCUCAGCAUCCCCAAGCCAGCUGACCAAGGUGGACUACUUGAGCUCUGUGAUCACAGCUGCAGAGAUCGCCCUGGAGCUGCGGAGGAUCGGCUUCCAUGUGGAAUCAGGGGUGUGGAUCAAGGUGGAUGGCAUGCAUUGCCAGUCUUGUGUGCAGUCCAUCGAGCAGCAUGUCGGCACUCUGCGAGGGGUUACACAUGUUCAGGUCUCUCUCAAAGAGGGCGUAGCGCUGGUUGCAUUUCAACCACUUCACAUCACUCGCCAAGAGCUGAGAGACAAGAUUGAAGAUAUGGGAUUUGGGGCUACUUUACUGGCUGAUGAUCCGUCUGGCACUAUCAGCCACUGGCAGGGGGAUACAACCCAAAUUGUGAUCGUUUGGAUUGGAGGAAUGACCUGUAACUCGUGUGUACAGUCUAUAGAGGGGAGGAUCUCUCAGAUAAUGGGGGUCCACUCUGUAGAAGUAUCACUAAAACAUGAAAAGGGAACAAUUACCUUUGACCCUGGCCUCACGGGGCCCGAGCAGCUCAGGGUAGCUAUCGAGGACGUGGGCUUUGACGCAUCACUCCGAGAACCAGUCCAGACUCAAGAAGCGGCCGUUAACUAUGAAAUGUCUGACCUGUCGGACUGGACUUGUAAAAGAGAACUCAGCACCGGCACCGUUUGUCAUUCCACUCCUGCAAGGCAGCGGCCCGGCACUAAAGAACAAAAGUGCUUCAUCAGCGUCAAGGGGAUGACCUGCGCCUCGUGUGUAGCCAACAUCGAGAAGAACCUGCUAAAACACCAGGGGAUCAUCUCUGUUUUGGUGUCGCUGAUGGCCGGAAAAGCGGAGGUCAAAUAUGACCCUGACUUGAUAGAUGCUCUUGCUGUGACUCACCUCAUAGAGGACUUGGGCUUCGGUGCCAAGGUCAUCGAGGACAACACAGUCACACACGGAAAACUGGAUCUCACUAUAACAGGAAUGACGUGCACUUCCUGUACCCACAAUAUUGAGUCAAAGCUCAGCUCAACCAAAGGGAUCGUUGGUGCCUCGGUGGCGUUGGGAACCAAAACAGCAAACAUACAGUUUGAUCCAGAUGUGCUGGGAGCUCGAGAUAUAAUCAAAAUAAUUCAGAGCCUUGGCUUCAAUGCCCAUCUGAAGAAAUCAGGCUUCAAAAGCAAUCUUGACCACAAAGAAGAGAUUCGACAGCAAGUAUCUGGUCCCAGCAUUUUUAUUAACAUACCCGUGACCCUAGUGAGGAUAAGGGGUGUAGAAAAUGGAUGGAUGGAUAUACAGUAUAUAUACUGUAUGUGUGUGUGUGUGUGUGUGUGUGCGUUUGCUUUUGAUGGGCGCAGAUGGAAGACCUCUUUCCUGCUCAGCCUGGUGUUUGGCCUGCCUGUCAUGGGCCUCAUGAUCUACAUGAUGGUGAUGGACAGUCAGCACCAGGAGCAUGGAGGCUCCAUGCCGGAAGAGCAAAACCUGCUGCCUGGCCUCUCAGUCCUAAAUCUGACCUUCUUCCUGCUUUGUACGCCUGUCCAGAUCUUUGGAGGCCGGUACUUCUAUAUCCAGGCAUAUCGCGCUUUGAAACAUGGCACAGCCAACAUGGAUGUCCUUAUUGUGCUGGCCACCUCUAUCGCUUACGUCUACUCUUGUGUGGUACUUAUCGUGGCCAUGGCAGAAGGAGCCAGUCAAAGCCCAGUCACAUUUUUUGACACACCACCGAUGCUCUUUGUGUUUAUUGCACUGGGGCGAUGGCUGGAGCACCUGGCCAAGAGUAAAACCUCAGCAGCUUUGGCCAAGUUAAUGUCACUGCAGGCCACCGAUGCGACUGUGGUCACCAUGGGACCUGACCACUCCAUUAUUAGUGAGGAGCAGGUGCUGGUGGAGUUGGUGCAACGGGGCGACAUUUUGAAGGUGGCUCCAGGAGGGAAGUUUCCCGUAGAUGGGAAAGUGAUUGAAGGAAGCUCAAUGGCAGAUGAGUCUUUAAUCACAGGUGAGCCGAUGCCUGUCAGUAAGAAGGUGGGCAGCCCGGUGAUUGCUGGCUCCAUCAACGCUCAUGGUGCUCUUCUUGUGGAGGCCACCCACGUCGGUGCAGACACCACGCUGUCACAAAUAGUCAAACUUGUGGAGGAAGCCCAAACAUCCAAGGCUCCCAUCCAGCAGUUUGCUGACCGACUCAGCGGAUAUUUCGUUCCCUUCAUCAUUGUGGUCUCUCUGCUAACUCUGAUGGCGUGGCUGUCCGUAGGCUUUGUCAACUUUGACAUUGUGAGAGAGAACUUCCCGGGUUAUAACGCCAACAUAUCCAAGGCAGAAGUCAUCAUCCGGUUUGCCUUUCAGGCAUCCAUCACUGUUCUUUCUAUUGCAUGCCCUUGUUCUCUGGGGCUGGCGACCCCGACAGCAGUCAUGGUGGGCACCGGGGUGGGAGCAAAGAGUGGGAUCCUCAUCAAAGGAGGCGAGCCACUGGAGAUGGCCCACAAGAUUAAUGUGGUGAUGUUUGAUAAAACGGGUACCAUCACUAACGGAGUGCCCCAGGUGACGCGAGUGUUGGUGCUAUGGGAGAUGGCACGCAUGCCUCUGAGAAAGAUCCUGGCGGUAGUGGGAACAGCAGAGGCCAGCAGUGAGCACCCACUGGGCGUUGCAGUUGCCAAACACUGCAAAGGAGAGCUGGGCUCGGAUGUGCUGGGUUACUGCCAAGACUUCCAAGCAGUGCCUGGCUGCGGGAUCAGCUGCCGGGUUUCCAAUGUGGACCACCUGCUGCCACAGCAGAGUGAAGAGCGGUUCCUGUUGCCUGGGGCAUCCACAGAUGAGAACAGCCUGGUUGAGGCUGCAGAGAUUCCGAAUGCAGGUGAGGUUUUAUGUUACUCUGUCCUGAUCGGGAAUAGAGAAUGGAUGAGGAGGAAUGCCCACCAUGUUGGAGCAGACGUGGAUGCUGCCAUGUCAAGCCAUGAGGCAAAGGGGCAGACGUCUAUUCUGGUGGCCAUAGAUGGUGUACUGUGCGCCAUGAUUGCCAUUGCAGACACAGUAAAGGCUGAGUCAGCCUUGGCCGUGCACACACUUAGAAGCAUGGGCAUCCAGGUGGUCAUGAUAACGGGGGACAACAAACGCACAGCUAAAGCCAUAGCUGCACAGGUAGGAAUAAGGAAGGUGUUUGCGGAGGUGCUACCCUCACACAAGGUGGCCAAAGUGCAGGAGCUCCAGGAACAAGGCUUGCGUGUGGCCAUGGUAGGAGACGGCGUCAACGAUUCGCCCGCCCUUGCCCGCGCUGAUGUCGGCAUCGCCAUCGGUACAGGCACUGACGUGGCCAUUGAAGCAGCAGAUAUAGUUCUCAUCAGAAAUGACCUUUUGGAUGUAGUGGCCAGUAUCGAGCUGUCCAGGAAGACCGUACAGAGGAUAUGGAUCAACUUUUUCUUUGCCGUUAUCUACAACCUUGUCGGAAUACCCAUUGCUGCAGGCAUGUUCAUGCCUGUUGGCCUGGUGCUCCAACCCUGGAUGGGCUCAGCUGCAAUGGCCACCUCAUCCCUUUCUGUGGUGCUGUCAUCUUUGCUGCUCAGAUUAUACAAAAAAACCUCAGUGGAGCUAUAUGAGGCAAGAGCAAGAGGCCUGAUGCGCAGCCUCCAGUCCUCACAGAUCAGCACGUAUCCAAGACUAGAAGGCCACCAGCGCAGUACAGCUCCUUCUAUUGGACCCUGGGAAGAGCACAGCACCAACGGCACACCCGUUUUAUAG